AUGUCCAGCAUCCCUUUUAGUUCCCUGCUCCAUCAACUAUUACCGAGUAGCAAUGCAAUUGGUGGCACAAAAAAAGGCAAAGGGAAAUCAAAAGCCGGCUCCCAGAACUUCUUCACGGGAGCUUACCCAAUUCAGCAGAUCGAUCCGGAAGAAUCCAUAGAUGCCUUUUGCAAACUUGUAGAGAGUGUCAAGUCUGAGGCAAAAGAUACAAUUACUACAUCUACAUAUGGCAACGAUAUCGAGUUUUGUCUACCAACUUAUCCAUUUUAUGAAGAAUCUGAAGAAUCGGAUGAGAAUAGUCAGGAUGAAGCCACGCUAUAUUCUUCAUAUCUUCAUGAUGAUUUUCCAACAGAAGAAGAUUCUCAAGAGAAGAUUUAUGAUAGAAACUGGCUGCUCAAGCAAUGCCGCAAUCACAUAAUUCAACACAAUGUAGAGUUUACUGAGCAGCAGCUUUGUACAGACCUAUUUACUAUCCUUCGAUCAGAAGAAACUGAUGACAGUAUUCAACAAGCUCUUGUCGAUAUCCUUGGAUACGAAGGAAUUGAUUUGAUUAUGGAUUUGAUAUCCAAUCGAACUACUCUUGUGAGCAAUAUUAUGAAAAUGUCUAAUUACACUGGACAAAAAGCAAAAGCUUCAUUGGGUCAUUCCAACGAACCAAAAAGACCUGUGUACGGAACCCAGUUCACUGUUCAAUCUGAAGCUGAAAUCAAAGAAAUGAAGCAAAUGAGAAAAGACCAAAAGAAAGCCCUAAAGGCCCUUCAAAAAGCACCAGGCAAGUCAAAUUUAAUUAAUUAA